GGAAGAGUUCCCGCUCUGCUCUGCUAGUGCUCUCAGUUGUCCUCAGUUCGGCCACCAGAUCUGUCUCUACAAGAUUCCACUCUUUCCAGAGAGGGGGACACAGAGGCAGAGAUUAUGGCUGCUGUGGUUUUUUCAGUUGGACCUCUCUGAAUCAUGAAGUUACCCAGCCAGAUGAAGAUCUUCACCUUCCCAUAGAAGAAACAAAGGUAUACUUUAAACACUGGUAUGAUUUCAAACUGCAAAAUUUCUGUGAUUUUAAAAGACAGCUUCGUGCAAUCAGUGACAUUUAAAGAUGUGACUGUAGACUUCACAUUGGAGGAGUGGAUGUUGAUGGACCCUACACAGAGGGACCUGCACAAGGAUGUGAUGCUGGAAAAUUACAGGAAUCUGGCCUCCCUGGGGCUUGCAGUUUCCAAACCAGACAUGAUAUCCCAUUUGGAGAAUGGGAAAGGACCAUGGGCCAUGGUGAGAGAAAUCACAAGAACCCCCUAUCCAGACUUAGAGACCAAACCUGGAACCAAGAAUGCUACACUAACAGAUGACAUUUCUGAAGAUUUAUCACAGGAGGCGGUAGUAGAGAAACUCACCGAGAGUGGUCUGUGGGAUUCCAGAAUGGGAGGAUUAUGGAAAUGGAAUGACAGGAUAUUAAGACAGAAAAAGGACAGUAAUUUGGGUCAAAGAACAAUUACUCACAAGAAAACUCCCACUGGUCAAAGAGAUUAUAGAUUUGGAUCUGUUCUUGUUACAGAACCAGCACUUACCACAGAAGAAUCCCCCAGAAAAUGCCAAAUGCAUGAGGAAAAUUUCACAGAGAAUUUAGAUUUUAUUACAGGUACCCAUUUGGGGAAGAUAGUUUACAAGGACACAGAAAGCAGCAAAGCCAUAAAGCAGACUUCAGAACUUACUUUGGGGAAAAAAUCCAAUGAUAGAGAAAAACCCUAUGAAUGUAGUACAUGUGAGAAGGCCUUUCGUUAUAGGUCAUUACUCAUUCAACAUCAAAGAACUCACACUAAAGAGAAACCUUAUGCAUGUGCUGAAUGUGGGGAAACAUUCAGCCAGCCUUCGUAUCUCAGUCAGCAUAAAAAAAUCCACACUGGAGAAAAACCUUAUAAAUGUAAUGAGUGUGGAAAGGCCUUCAUUGCUUCUUCAUCACUGAUGGUACAUCAGAGAAUCCAUACAAAAGAGAAACCUUAUCAAUGCAAUGUCUGUGGAAAAUCCUUCAGCCAGUGUGCCCGUCUGAAUCAGCACCAGAGAAUUCAAACUGGAGAGAAACCCUAUCAAUGUAGUGAAUGCGGGAAAGCUUUUAGUGACAAAUCAAAACUGGCAAGACAUCAGGAAACCAAUGGUGAGAAGCCCUUCAAAUGUAAUGAUUGUGGAAAAGCCUUCAGGAAAAAGUCAUAUCUCAGUGUGCACCAAAAGACCCAUACUGAAGAGAAACCAUGUAAGUGCAAUGAGUGUGGGAAAUCUUUCAAGAAUACCACAAUAUUUAAUGUUCAUCAGAGAAUUCAUACUGGAGAGAAGCCCUUUAGAUGUAAUGAAUGUGGGAAAGCCUACCGAAGUAAUUCAAGCCUUAUUGUACAUGUAAGAACUCACACUGGGGAAAAACCCUAUGAAUGUAAUGAAUGCGGAAAAGCCUUCAACCGCAUAGCAAAUUUCACAGAACAUCAGAGAAUUCAUACAGGAGAAAAACCCUAUAAAUGUAAUGAAUGUGGAAAAGCCUUCAUUAAUUAUUCAUGCCUUACUAUACACCACAGAAUGCACACAGGAGAGAAACCUUAUAAAUGUAAUGAAUGUGGAAAGGCCUUCAUGUAUUCUUCCUCUCUAAUUAUACAUCAGCGUAUUCAUACUGAAGAGAAACCUUAUCUAUGUAAUGAAUGUGGGGAAUCAUUCAGAAUAAAAUCACACUUAACUGUGCAUCAGAUGAUUCACACUGGAGAGAAACCUUAUAAAUGUAGUGUGGAGAGGGCAUUCACCAAAAUGGUAAAUCUCAAGGAACAUCAGAAAAUUCAUACUGGAGUGAAACCCUAUAAAUGUUAUGAUUGUGGAAAGUCCUUCAGGACUAAGUCGUACCUUAUUGUACAUCAAAGGACACAUACUGGAGAAAAACCCUAUAAAGGUAAUGAAUGUGAGAAAGCCUUCACUAAUACAUCACAGCUCACUGUGCAUCAACGAAGGCACAUGGGAGAGAAACCCUAUAACUGUAAUGAAUGUGGGAAGGUUUUCACAAGUAACUCAGACUUUAAUACCCAUCAGAGAACAUAUACUGGAGAAAACCCAUUUAAAUGUAAUGACUGUGGAAAAGCAUUUAGCCAGAUGGUACAUGUCACAGAACAUCAGAAAAUCCACAGUGGAGAGAAGCCCUAUAAGUGUGACGUCUGUGGAAAAGCCUUCAGGAGGGGUUCAUACCUUACAGUGCAUUGGAGAACACAUACUGGAGAAAAGCCCUAUACCUGUAAGGAAUGUGGAAAAGGUUGUAUUACUCUAUCGCAGCUAACUCUACAUCAGAGAAUUCAUACUGGGGAGAGGCCCUAUAAAUGUGAAGAAUGUGGAAAGGCCUUCAGAACUAACUCAGACAUUACUGUACACCUUAGGAUGCAUACUGGAGAAAAACCCUAUAAAUGUAAUGAAUUUAGGAAAGCCUUCAGGACUAGUUCAAGCCUUACUGUACAUCAAAUACAUCAGAGAGAAACUCAAUUAAUAUAGAGAACCAUAAAUCAUUCAUUCAAAUGUCAACUCCACAAGAUUACUUUGAUAAACUGUAUUUUAUGAAUGUCGGAAAUCUUCAUUAAAAAUUUGCCCCCAAUAUACACUAAAUAGAUACUCUAGAAACAUAAUGAAUGCGGAAAAGCAUUUAGUCAUAUUAGACCUUAGACGUUAUAAGAAAAUUCACACUAGAGAAAAAUAACAUACAAAUGAAAGCCUUCAUUCAGAUUUCAUACUUUACUCAUUCAACAAAUUAUCUUUAAUUAAUUUAUAUAUAUAUGCCUAUUUUUCUAUUGGUUUAUCUGCCUUUUCUUAUAAAUCUUGAGGUACUUUUUAUAUAUUUUAGAUAUUAGUCCUUUGUUAUUUGUGUAGCAAAUACUUUUCUUAAUCUAGUAUUUGUCAUUAU